CUGAUAUGGCAGCUGAAAACAAAAACGCCGAUUCGGAUUCAAUCUGUGACAGAGACAGUCUUGCGAAUUAUUCGUUCCAGGACAGUUUUCAGACAAGGGUAUUUAAAAUAAUUGUCAUCGGCGACUCGAAUGUUGGGAAAACGUGUUUGACUUAUAGGUUCUGUGAAGCGAAAUUUCUUAAAAACCCAGAAGCCACAAUCGGAGUGGACUUCAGAGAAAAGACGCUCGAGCUGGAUGGAGAAAACAUCAAGUUGCAGAUUUGGGACACAGCUGGACAGGAGCGUUUCAGAAAGAGUAUGGUGGAACAUUACUACCGCAGCGUGCAUGCUGUGAUCUUCGUAUAUGAUGUAAGCAACCUUGCUUCUUUUGAAAGUCUGCCCGAGUGGAUUGAAGAGUGUAGACACCACUCAGUCCCACUGAAUGUGCCCCACAUCUUAGUAGGGAACAAAUGUGACUUAGGAAGAGGAGAGGUUCCUACCUCACUAGCCCAGCGACUAGCUGAUAGCUAUAAUUUCCCACUCUUUGAGACGUCUGCCAAGGACCCUGCUGAGAAGGAGCAUGUGGAUGCCAUUUUCCUCACCCUAGCCCACAAGCUGAAGAAUCACAAGCCUCUUAGGCUGAAACAGCUGAGUGGAAUUACUGCAACACCUCUGACCAGCGAGCAGGAAGAGAAGGACCUCUGCUUCUGCUGAGAUACUGUGGCCUUGUUUAACCUAUUUAAUAUGAUGAUGAAAUGGUAAGAUGUUCAGGUUAGAUUUUGAACUUUUUGAUGGUUUUAAUGGAACAGAAAUGAAUAGAGGGCAACUAUUAUAGAGGGCUAACUAUGUGCAAUUAGUAAAGGUACUUCCUUAUUCUUUAAAGCCAGUGUUUACAAGUAAAUUAGUACAGUGUUUAAUAGGAACAACACAACAGCACACUCACUGAUGACGCAAACGAACAAUUUCAAGAAUUGCAAAAACAAAAUGAUUUAGAAACAUUUAAUUUACAGAAAAAUGCCCUUCUACCAUGACAAACAAAUAGUUUUGUUAAAGCAUAUUACAAUUUUUUUUACAUUGCCUUAAGGUCUAGGGCAUUUCCAUUCUGAGCAGCUUGACAUGUUUUUGCAAAUGUUGUUUCUGUUCAUGGUGUUUUUUGUCAUUUAGUGUUCUUUUGUCAGUUUGGACAGUGGUUACAGCGUUUCAUUUACAUUAUGUCUGAGCCAGAAUUCACUGAUUUUAAAGUCGUACUGUAAAAAGGGAAUCAAAUAAUUGUGUUCAAUAUCCUUUGAUCACAUGCUGUAACAUGUCAUAAUUCAUAACCACUAGUUCACAGUAAUGUGCUGCAUCUAUUCAUUGGACCUUAAAAAAAUGUCUGAUUAUCUUGCAUGCUUAAUGUCAUCUUUACUGUUCGCAGCAUUGCACAGUUAUCACAAAUAUCAGUGUUUAUUUGUGAGUUAUCACAAAUAUCAGCAAACACUACAUAAUCUUUGAAAUUUAGCAGCUUGAUCAUAAUUGUAUCAGUAAAUAGGACCAGCUUGCUGCUUUUACUGAUUAGUGUUAAGAAUGCCAUUAAAGUAUUCUCAAGGCUUGUCCUUCAAACAAGGGAAUGCGUUUAUUACCAACGCAUAACUACCAGCAUGACAACUUUAUAUAUGUAACAGCUUACUCUAAGCUCAGCAUAAUAAACAUACAAAUAGAGUCAAAGAUACUAAUCCAGCUCACUAAAUUAAUUUAGAAACUCAAAAUUAAAUUUGUCUUGUGGAGUAUAAUUAAAAAGAAGUGCUAGGUUCUGUUAUUCCACUAGGGGGCAAACUAGAGCAACCUAAACUCAAGACCAUAUUGAUAUAAGGAUUACUAUAACAACAUCUUUCCAAAAGAACUUAUUUUUGGGGUUUCAUGAGACAUGUGUCUCUGCAGCCAGUUAGCCCCAAACAUGUGCUACAGCUCCAAACGGGCUAGCAUGUUAACAUGUGAUAGCACAUUUUGUUGGCAGAUUAUUCCAUGGGCUAACUUCCUUUAACCUGACACUGAUCCUAAUCCUAAAGCAUGUGGCUCAUUAGGAACUGGCUUUGGGCUGAAGAAAUACACAUUUGAAUUUUACUGCAGCUUGGGUGAAACCACAUGCAAUGCAAUCACAGCUGUCACAUGUGAUCACAACUAUACAGAAUCCUCUACAAUAUUAUCAUUGUGGUUAUGUGUGUGUUUAGCUAUAUGGCACUUAUGAAUGCAGAUAUGAACCUUUAAGGCAGAUUGAUUGAUUCUGAGCAUUAAGGCUUGUAAUGUGACUCCAGCCUGCAACAGCCUGUGACUCCAAUAUUUUAUUUAUUUUAUAUAUGCCUGUUAUUUUACCAAAUUGUAACCACAUGAAACCUGUUUAAAUCUUUUUUUUUAAUGAAUUAAAAAAAACAUCAGCACAAUGUCUACUAGUUAAUAUGAAUGUAGUGCAUUGUAAUUAAUUAUUUCAAGUUACUGGACCAUUGUACCCGCUAUGAAUGAGCAUAAGAUAAAUAAACAAAUCAAUAAUUUAAUCUGAAUCCUUAGUGAGAGGAAAAGGCUUCAAUUUUGUCAUUUUUAUGAUGUCUUUAAUAAUUUGACCAAGUACUCUGUUUUUUGUAGCCAAUCCCUUGAAUUUAUGUAAUUAGCCAGUAAUGAAUGUCUUAGUAA